AGUCUAGUCUGUCCAGUUGUCGUCGGUAGACACAGUGAGGCGGUCCCGAUCAGGGUUCUAAAAAUCAGAAGUCAGUCUUUACUCAAUUUGUUGUAUUAUUUCUGAAUCCAUCUGGGAUAUUAACUACUGACUAAAACUAUGUCUUCAUCGGAUGUUGCUCGGCAGCCGGAUAAAGCAGUUCGUCCCCUGUCCCUGGCUGGCCAUGUCGGCUUUGACAGCCUUCCGGAUCAGCUUGUCAACAAGUCCAUCUGCCAGGGUUUCUGCUUCAACAUCCUCUGCAUCGGUGAAACCGGUAUUGGCAAGUCUACCCUCAUGGACACCCUGUUUAAUACCAACUUUGAGAACUUUGAGUCAUCUCACUUUGAGCCUCAGGUAAAGCUGCGGGCUCAAACUUAUGAUCUGCAGGAGAGUAACGUCCGACUGCGUCUUACUGUGGUCAACACCGUGGGCUUUGGAGACCAAAUGAACAAACAAGAGAGCUAUCAGCCAGUGGUGGACUACAUCGACAGGCAGUUUGAGAGUUAUCUGCAGGAGGAGCUAAAAAUCAAACGCUCUCUUCACAACUACCAUGACUCACGAGUCCAUGCCUGCCUUUACUUCAUCUCCCCCUCAGGUCAUUCCCUCAAAUCCUUGGACUUGGUCACUAUGAAGAAACUAGACAGCAAGGUGAACAUCAUCCCAGUGAUCGCCAAAGCUGACACCAUCAGUAAGAGCGAGCUGCACAAGUUCAAGAUCAAAAUCAUGAGCGAGCUGGUCAGCAACGGUGUCCAGAUCUACCAGUUCCCCCUGGACGAUGAGACCGUAGCUAAGGUCAACACUACAAUGAAUGGUCUUUUGCCAUUUGCUGUAGUUGGCAGUACAGAGGAGGUCUGUGUUGGCAAUAAGAUGGUGAAGGCUCGUCAGUAUCCCUGGGGUGUCGUACAAGUGGAGAACGAGAAUCACUGCGACUUUGUGAAGCUGAGAGAGAUGCUGAUCUGUGUGAACAUGGAGGACCUGAGAGAGCAGACUCACACUCGACACUAUGAGCUGUACAGACGCUGCAAACUGGAGGAGAUGGGAUUCAAAGACACAGGCCCAGAGUCCAAACCUGUCAGCCUGCAGCAGACCUAUGAGGCCAAGCGUCAGGAGUUCCUGGUGGAGCUGCAGAAGAGAGAGGACGAGAUGAGGCAGAUGUUUGUGCAGAGGGUGAAGGAGAAGGAGUCUGAGCUGAAGGAGGCCGAGCGGGAGCUGCAAAGUCGUUUUGAGCAGCUGAAGCGCCUCCAUGCAGAUGAGAAGGCAGCUCUGGAGGAAAAGAAGAGACUCCUGGAUGAGGACCAGAGUUCCUUCAGUAAGAGGCGAGCUGCCGCCCAGCUCCUGCAGGCCCAGAGCCUCACCGCCAAUGGCAAGAAGGACAAGGACCGCAAGAAUUCUGGCUUCAUGUGAAGAGGAAUCUGAAUUUUACUCCAGUAUCACCAGUAUAACCAGUGACAUUCUGCCCACAUCCUUUCCAGCCCUUUGUGGCCAGUCUCAUACACUAAGCGGGAAAACCCCAAACAAACCAGCAAGUGUGUGCGAGUGUGAGUUUUGAUUUGUGCCAAAGUUUAAUAACGGGGCCCGUAAAUCCUGUGUACACUUUCUUCCAUGGUAUUUUUAAGCUUCAUUGUGGGUUUUAUACUUUUUGUAUAAUUUAUAUUUAUCCUUUCAUUGUUAUAUAAAACCUUUAUUUUCCAUAUAUCCCCCUCCCAUCAUUGUCCACUCAUGCUCAGACUGAGGGAUCCCUCAGUGUGUCGAUCCUCACGCUGCCCCCUGGAUUCUGUGCAUUGAUUUAACAACUUGGUACAAACAAUACAUUUAAAAGGGACUUCUCUGACUUGCAUCUCUUCAGUGAGACAGUCAAACCUCUGUGACAUUCUCAUAAUUCAAAGCCCCUUUCAAACAUGGUUGACUUCAUGAAGCGGUUUACAUACAGUCUCUUUUUCUAUUGAAGUCGUAACCAUAUUGGGCAUAGUAAAAUUAACAAAAUCACUAUCAAGCUGCAGUAGCAUAAUGUACUUUUUAGAAUUUCUGAUGCACAAAUAAAGUUUAAAUUCAGUUUAAUAAACCGCCUAACGCCGUAAAUGAGACGACUUAAAUUUGUACAGGAUAUUAAUAUUUCUGUGCAUAUCUUUGUUUUGGAGGAAGUGCUUCAGACAGAGCAUGUCUCGACCUCAUGGCUGCUUAUUUUUAACCACAUUACUGCAAUGCCGGACUGACUAAAAAAGGCAGAAAGAUUUUGCAUUCUAUACAUGAUUGAUGACACCUAUGAGGUUGAUUCGACUUGUGAUAAGCAAAGGGAAGCAGAGCAUUAAUAAAGACAGACAAAAGAGAGCAAACAAUCCACAACAAUUAACUGUCCUGCCACAUUUAAAUAAAGCUGUUACAGAAUAGACCCGAUGGAGACCGGUGUGCGGUAUGUUCCAACGCCGAAAAAUGCCAUCAGUUUAACAGAUUUGUGGUUAAAUCCAGCAGUGUUGCAGAAUCCAUGUCUGAAAAGGGCUCAUUUUUAAAGUCAUUGUUAAGCGUUCUCAUAACCCCGGUCACAGGGCAUUAGAAUUAUCCAUUUUCUGUAUUAUGUCUGUAUUUUUUUUCCCUCACAUCUCCUUUAUGUUAUAAAUUUGUACUAAAAGCACAUCUUUACAAAAGCCUACAGCAGACAUCCUCCUGUUGUUGUUUUUAAAGGGAAAGAGUCGUUUCUUUUAACUCCUCUGCAGUUUUUCAAGUUUUUAUCUGAGAUAGUUUUGGAUUAGGUACACGUCGCUGCAUAUAUUUAUAUACAUUGUGUUUUUUUUCUUGCUUCCAUAUUUCUUUCUUUUUUUUUCCACACUGACACAAACAGCUGAAGUCUGCCUGAAAAGAGCUGACUCAUGGAGAAAAUACAUCAUGUCGAAUCAGUGUUUGUUGAGGCCAUACAGGAAGAGAAGGACGAUGCAUUUGUGACUGUAAUUUUUAUCGUUUCUUCAGGGUUUCACACCGAAACAUUUUAACAGUACAGAAUAAACCACAACACUGUGGUGCUGCUUUCCAAUAAAGUGUGAUUUAUUUUUCCCACGUUUACUCACAAACACUACUACUUUACAUUUACACUAAUGCUUACGAUAUGUCAGUGCCUUAUCUGUGUGAAACACGCUGUCCGCUUACACUUGUACAUCCAGGGAAACGCAUGAUGUUCAUCUGAGACACAUUUGGACUGCGUUUGUAUUUAAGGACUAACCAGUGUUAUUUGGGAGCUUCUAUUCCUUCUUUCUAAAUAAAUCUUUGUAUUUUUGUCAUGA